AUGCUGCUACGGCCUUCACCUGGACGGGUGCGCGCCGUGAUGCGCUCGGCAGCGCACACGCGCGUACGAUCGCGGCCACCCAGCGCGCCCACACCACGCCCCGCAUCGACUUUCCGCGUCGCGCAUCUCUACAACCCCGCACACCUGCGCGCCGUCUCGCACCGAUGCUACUCGUCAGCCGCUCGUGCGCCUCAACGCAGCACGCUCGCUGUUCUCAAGAAGGCGCUGCUGCGCGCCACACACGCCCUGCGCACCGGCGUUGUCCGCCACGCCACGCGCGUCUGGACUCCGCGCCACGUCUUGGCAGCCAUCAAGAUCGCUGCCCCACACGUGCGAUCGUCGCUGCUGCGCGGAGCUGCCGAUGUCUUCCGCGCGACGUCCUCCCAGAACACGGCCCGCGCCGCAUACACCCGCUUCACCUCGCCCUCGCUCGGCUUUGCCCGAGGCGGUCUGUCGGGCAUCGGCGCCCGCCCCGCUGGUGGCCAGCUCGCACUCUCGCCCCUCCGAGGCGGCGUGGGUCUUCAGUCCGCCCGCCAAUUCUCCUCGGGCGGUGCACGCGUGUUCGACAACCUCGUCGUCAACGCCCCGCUCGCUCUCCGUCUCGCUGCCGACGAGAUGGAUGGCAAAGCCAAACUCGCCCGUCGCCCGCUUGCCACCACUCCACGUCGCUUGGGUGCUGCCCCCAACCCGCGUCGCACAGGUACCACCUUCAGCACUGCAAAGCUCGCGCGCAAUGCAGCUGUGUUUGCUGCCACCCCGCGCAGCGUCCCCAGCAUCCCCAGCGUCCCCAGCGUGCCCAGCGUGCCCAGCGUGCCCAGCGAGCCUGCGGAGAUGGGCAUGUACUUCCGCAUGCCGCUGCCCGACGCCGAGGUGGGGACGGUGGUGCGUAUGCGUCUGAUUGAUCCGCUGUACGACGCACUGGGCGGACGCAAUCCUGCACCCGGGCUGCAGGGCCGCCUGUUCGACCGUGCGUUUUUGCACGACGCAUGCACCGCGCUGCAGUACGAACAUGCGCGCUACAUGCAAGCCAAGGCUCUGCUGCGCGUGCUGUGGAGCUCGGGAUUGAUGGACGGAGCGCAGAUGGAUAUGGAGGACCCCGCGAUGUGGACCGUUCAUAUUCCAGGCGCAGAUCCGGUCGAUGUAAGGCGCGCCAUGGGCGCGGUCGAGUUCGGCUGGACCGCAUGGUGCGAGGUCGAAGAGAGGGCUGAGGGGCUGGAUCUGUCGUGCGCAUGGGAGGCAGAGUCAGAGCAUAGCGACACAAGGGCGUCGGAAGAGGAGCCGUUCGAGGUGCUCGACUUGUCCCUGCCCGAAUCGAGCGCACGGGAGAGCUGGAGUGGCGGUAGUAGCAGCCUGUACGACUCGCGCGCCAGUUUCUGA